AUGCAAAAAGAGGAACCCCAAAGGUUGAACAAUACAAUUAUAAAGCCGAUUGUGUAUGGCAAUGUUUCGCGUUACCUGGGCAAAAAACGCGAAGAAGACGGUCGUACUCACGUUUGGACUGCCUUUAUCAGACCUUUUGAUCCCAACGAUGACAUUUCUGCCUACGUCAAACGCGUACAAUUCAAACUUCAUGAGAGUUAUUCUAAUCCUAUCCGCACCGUUAUUAAACCACCAUUUGAGGUGACUGAAACUGGAUGGGGGGAGUUCGAUAUCGCUAUGAAAGUGUUUUUUAUUGACUCCAACAUGAAACCUCUUACAAUUAAUCACCUAAUUAAACUCUUUCAUUUUGAUCAUGAGAUUAUGAUGGGUCAAAAGAGUUUAGUCCGUGAAAUUUACGAUGAAAUGGUAUUUGUGGAUCCGUCUCCUGAAAUGUUGCAUGGGCUUAUGAAGUCAACAUCUUCGAAUCGGUCCAAAAUCCCUCCUGUACAUCAUGAGACCGAUUUUGCCGAGUCAAAUCAACAAGCUCUCGACAACAUAGAGGACUUGAAUAAGAAGGUCGUUGAAGCCAUUGAAGCCUAUCGUCAGCAAUUGAUUCUCAAAAAGGAUAUUGUGGAAGAGGUAAAAGCUAUUGCUGAUAAAGUUGAAGCAUCAGUAAUAGGCUCCAUACCGUGA